AUGCCAUUAGCUUGGAUGUCAUUUGGAGUUUUAGUCAUUCAUGUACCAUUAAGUUGGUUUUGUGUUACGAGAUGGGGUUUAGUUGGAGCAGCAGUUUCUUUGAAUUUUUCAUGGUUCUUGGUUGUCAUUCUGCAAUAUGCUUAUAUUGUCUCUGGAAGUUGCGAGGAUUCUUGGAGUGGUUUUUCAUGGUUGGCUUUUACUGAAUUGCCUGAUUUUCUUUGGUUAUCUCUGUCUUCAGCAGUCAUGCUCUGCUUGGAGUAUUGGUCAUUUAUGAUUCUAAUUGUGUUUGCUGGAUUACUAAAAAAUGCUGAAGUUAAAGUUGAUGCUGCUUCUAUCUGUAUGAAUGUCGAAGGAUGGAUAUUUAUGGUACCACUUGGUUAUAUUGCUGCUGUCAGCGUUAGAGUCUCGAAUGAACUGGGAGCAGGAAAUGCAGCAGCUGCGAAAUUCUCUGUUUGGGUUACAGCCUCAAUUUCUCUAGUCACCCAGACUGCUUUCGCUAUCCUAAUUUGGACAACGAGAAAUGAUUUCUCAAAACUCUUUACAGAUGACAAGAUUGUUAUGAAAGAAGUAUGGCCAUUGGAGUUGGUUGGCAAGCUCAGAUAG